CUGCGCUAUGUCUUGGAGGAAGCAUCCGAAUUCGUGGGCGUGGAGUCCAAAAACAACUGGAUCUCAGUCUCCAUUAAAUGGGACUAUUUCUUGGAUGCAUGGAAUGUCUUGGACUGGUUCAAUCUGAUCAUGAUGAUCAUCACAGUUUGCUACAAGGUUGAUACUUGGUCCAAGGCUGGCGGCCUCUAUGUGCUCUCUCCCAGUAAUUGGAAGGAUGUGGGCAAAGACAUGUACUCCAACUUUCAUGGGGUGGCAGCCAACGUGAGGCAGAUACAGAGCUUGAUCUCCUUCAACACCAUCCUCACAUGGUUUAAGGCAGUGAAGUAUAUCAACAUCAUCCCCUACGUGACCACUUUCAUGCAGACGGUGGUGGUGUCCCAGCAGAACUUGAUCAGUUGGAUCAUCGUCUUCAUCAGCGUCCUCACGGGCUUCGUCCUGGCCUUCAGCACCGCCUUUGGCGGCGACGUCUCCUCGCUCCGGACGCCCUUCCAGGCAUUCAAGUUCAUCAUGCUCACCAUCCUGGGCAACAGUGAUGUGUCGGUGAUCUACGACGUAAGCCCACUGCUUGGCUCUCUACUGAUUAUCAUGUUUUUGGUAAGCAUUUUCUUCAUCAUCAUGAACCUCUUCUACGCCAUCGUGGUGAGCACCCUUUCGGAUGCUAAGAUUGAAGAAGAUGCCAAGCAGAAGAAGAAGUGGGCAGUCUUGUCCGACCGGCUCAACGAGACCUGGAAAGCCAUGAACCGUGGCGGAAAGCUGGAGAAGCAGUUCCGGAGCUGCGUGCCGGGACUCUACAGUCGCUUGAUGAAGCGCUACAAACGCUUGGAAGAGCGGGACAUGGCUCGGGAGGAUUCGGUGCGGAAGAAGCAGCUGAUGAUCCAAAUGCAGGACACCAGUCAGCAGCUGGGCCCUGGGAGUCCUGUUUGGGGACGGCGCCCCAAACGGCACUUGGCCACGGUACAGAUCGAGGACAAGGUCGAGAGUGAGGACGAGGAGUCCGAGCCUGACUUGGGGCCAUUGAGAUCCCUGGAACAGAUACAUCAGAUGGAGGACACCUUUCAAAGCUUUGAGAGCUAUGCCACCCCGACCGGAGCGGCGAAGGGGUCCAUUGGCGCUGGGAGCACCACCGACGCCGAGGAUCUGACCGAUGAAGGCGUGGAGUUGAUCCUGGAUGCCUCACGCCAUGUGGCCCGCGGCAUCGUGGAGCGCACGCGGGGUGCGCGGGUGGUUCUGCUGGACGAGAUGUCCGAGUCCAUGGAUGUGCUGAACAAUGUCUCGACGGUGUUGGAGGUCUUGGGUAAGAGAACGAGAGAUUUGGAGGCCCAACAGAGGCAAAUCUUGAAGCGCCACUUAUGAAUAAGCUUGGCCUGGCCUGUGCAAAGGGACUGCUGCCCAUUUUCAUGAAAG